AUGUCUGCUGAGGAGGACGGCAAUCCGCAGCCACCCCCGGAUUAUCCCACCUAUAUUAACGGUCCAACCACAUGGUCCAAAACUGAUCCUAACAUAGUUCAGCUUGGUAGCAUAGAGGUAGCUGAGAUAGAGAAGGGUUCCCAGCAUUUCCAUCAACUCGAACUAGACGGUGACGAGGUAACACCCGACCAUUUCCCACUGCCGAAUCUCCGUAGUAAACUCGAGGAAUGCGCAUUAGAGGUUCACCAUGGCCGAGGGCUGUGCAUCAUUCGCGGUCUGAGACCAGAGAGAUACUCCAUCGAAGAGAACAUCGUUCUCUUUCUCGCAAUUGCUAGUUAUAUCGGCGACAAAAGGGGUAUACAAAACUCCAAAGGCGAAGUAUUAUCCCACGUUACCGAGUCCAAGUCCUGGACUGUGCCAAAAGAGAAGCGUCAUGGGAUUCAUACAAACUAUAGUUUGCCGUUCCAUACUGAUAUGGGAUGCGAAACUCUAUGUAUCCAGGUCCGGGACCGGGCUAACGAAGGGGGGCGUACGUGCGUGGCAUCUAUAGCCACCAUCUAUAACGAUCUAGUGCGGACCAAACCGUGGGUGCUCCAUGCUUUGGCGAAACCUGACUGGCCGAUCCAAGCAAGUUUCAGGAAAGAAGCACCGUUCGUUUUAGGCCCGCUGAUUGACUACCACGCCGGGAAUUUAUGUAUCUCGAUGGAUCCCGCGCGAAUCGGACCGCACCCUUCAAACCGAGACGGCUCGGUCCCAGACCUUACACAAGAGCAACAGGAGGCACUCAUUGCACUUCAAGAAACGGCUAAAAAGCACCAAACACAGCUCGACACCGAACCAGGUGAUAUUAUACUCAUUAACAAUCUUGCCCUCCUACAUGGCAGAGAAUCGUAUCUGGACAGCGAUACCUCUUCCAGGCAUCUUGUUCGGCUAUGGUUGCGCAAUACGCGGCUGGGUUGGGCCAUACCUCCUUCCAUGAUCAUGCCAUGGGACGCUGCCUUUGGGGAGAGAGCCAGCAAAGUAAUCGAUAGGUACUAUCCUAUAGUGCCGAUGCCCAAUUACAUAGAGUGCAAGUACUCUAGCGGAACGGCAGCGUUCGUCGCUGACGACGGUUUUGAUGAAUGGGCCGACACUGUCCUGAGAGGCGCAGGGGAAGAAGACGACGCAGGUCCACGGCUUGAAGAGGACGCUUGA